AUGAUGAUUCAAUUUAUCGUCUCAGCAUUCGCACUCUUACUUUUUCCUCUUGCGUCAUCAUGGCCUCUCGAUGUCGUAUCCACCACUGAGGCACUCGCGAAGCGACUCGACAAACCACCAGUACCAGGCGCGUCAGACCUCCGACCCCAUCUCGAAGACGUGCCAUCCAGCAGCUGCAUGUUCUACACCGGCGGCACAUUAGCUGCAGCACAGCAAUACGCUGACAACAAUGAGUUGUUCAUCCUGGCUGAUCUAGACAAAGACGGCUGGGCAGCCACGUCGCAAGAAGACGAGGACGGUCAACCCGACUAUAAUGUCCAGUGUCCAAUGUCCUGGGCAUUUCAAGAGCAGUAUGCUAUGGCUGGGGUUGGGUGGGGGGAGACUGAGCGGAACGAGUAUUUUGACAACUUAUCUGAAGCCUUUGCGCAGAAAUGCAAUGGCGACAUCGUGCUCGCUUUACCGCCUAGCCGGCAGAUUCCUGAAGACAGUGUGUUUGCGAGAGUGGAGUGGCCGGUUCUGCAGUUCAAUCCGACGGUGAAUACGAUACGAUCGGUUGUGUUGAAUACAGGUGACGACGCUGAUGGUACACCAUUAUCACCACUGGAGGUAUUCUGGCAAAGGUGCGGGGCGGCGUGA